GAUGGAGGCUCCGCACCCUGGGGGAGACCGCACUGAACACACCCGGCCCGCGCCGGUGACCCCCUCUCUGUCCCUGUCCUGGCUCCCGCUGCCCCACAGCCUCAGCCUUCACCGGCCUCCUCCGCUCGGGAAUCCCGCGGCCCGCGUUUGGGCACCGCGCCCCGGGCGGAGCGGCUGUGCCGGGGAGGCGGCGCCGAGCACGGGCGGGCGGGCCCGGAGCCGCAGCCCGCGACCGGCUGGGCAUUCACGUGCAGCCGCGCCGCUCCGUGCUGCGCCGAGCCGAGCCGUGCCGUGCCGAGCCGUGCCCUGUCCUGCCGCGGAGCGUCGCCUCCUUCAGCACCAAGAACAGCUACAAGUGCGGCUACGCGCCCGCCCCGCUGAGCCGAGCCGAGCCGAGCCCCGGUUCCGCGCCGUGCCCGUCCCGCCCGAGCCGCGGGUAGGGGAGGAGAAGUGAGGAAGGAGUCAGUGGAGCAAUUUCGGCUUGGCUGUUCGCGAGUAUUAAACAGCACGACUGAAACCGCUCUCCUGGAUACCUGUCCCAGGCUGAGCUCUCGCACAUUCAGCUGGCGCUGCUGAGGGAAGCUGUCUGAGACGAGGCUUGUACAGAAAUUACCUCAUGCCAUUCCCGAUCGACACCGAGUAUAAUUCCAAGGACCUCCACAGUAACAUGGAUAUGCAACUCUUUUCGAUCAAGAAGUACCUCAGCUGUAGGGCAAAAUACAAGGACAUGAUCUACUGACCUCCUUUUAGCAUCAGGACCAGACAGAGUACCCUACUCCUCACCAUCAAUUAAGAGCAAUUGAAAAACUGCCUCAGAAAAGCUGGUCAGCCCGUUCCAUCAGUGGACAUCUUUUGUAAAACACAUUUUAUGGACUUCUGCUGAGAUCUUUUUUUCUAUCUACCCACCGCAUGGUUCUAUAUUACUUAUUGGGCACUGAUGGUAGCCUCCAAAACGUGCAGCUUCAAGUGGUCAGCCUCCUUCUUUAGCAAGAAGAAAACCUGGAUACUGGAUAGCAACAACGUCUUCAGAGAAAAUGGUAUACGAAGGCAAACGAUUGGUUUCCUGUCACUGUUUCUUCCUGCUAACAGCCAAAUUCUACUGGAUACUCACUCUGAUGCAAAGGACUCAUGGCCAGGAGUAUGCUCACUCCAUCCGACUGGAUGGGGACAUCAUCUUGGGAGGACUGUUCCCCGUUCAUGCAAAAGGGGAUAGAGGGGUGCCUUGUGGGGAGCUCAAGAAGGAGAAGGGGAUCCACAGACUAGAGGCAAUGCUGUAUGCAGUUGAUCAAAUUAAUAAAGACCCUGAUCUUCUUGCCAAUAUCACCUUGGGUGUGCGUAUCCUUGAUACGUGUUCCAGGGACACUUAUGCAUUGGAGCAGUCCUUAACGUUUGUGCAAGCAUUGAUAGAAAAAGAUGGUUCAGACGUCAAGUGUGCAAACGGUGACCCACCUAUUUUCACUAAGCCAGACAAGAUAUCAGGUGUGAUAGGUGCUGCAGCAAGUUCUGUGUCCAUUAUGGUCGCAAAUAUUUUAAGACUCUUUAAGAUACCUCAAAUCAGCUAUGCAUCCACAGCUCCCGAGCUGAGCGACAACACCAGGUAUGACUUCUUCUCCCGAGUGGUGCCCCCCGACUCGUACCAAGCCCAGGCCAUGGUUGACAUCGUGACAGCCCUCGGCUGGAACUACGUCUCCACGCUGGCUUCCGAAGGCAACUACGGCGAGAGCGGCGUGGAGGCGUUCACGCAGAUCUCCCGCGAGAUCGGAGGUGUUUGCAUUGCUCAGUCACUCAAAAUCCCUCGGGAACCAAGACCAGGAGAAUUUGAAAAGAUCAUCAAGCGCUUGUUGGAAACUCCAAAUGCUCGAGCAGUGAUCAUGUUUGCCAACGAAGAUGAUAUUAGGAGAGUACUAGAAGCAGCCAAAAAAGCUAAUCAGUCUGGACAUUUUCUCUGGAUUGGCUCAGACAGCUGGGGGUCAAAAAUUUCACCAGUCCAGCAGCAGGAGGAGAUUGCUGAAGGAGCAGUAACCAUUCUACCCAAAAGAACAUCCAUAGAUGGGUUUGAUAGAUAUUUUCGGAGCAGAACACUUGCUAACAAUCGAAGAAAUGUCUGGUUUGCAGAAUUUUGGGAGGAGAAUUUUGGAUGCAAGUUAGGAUCACAUGGAAAAAGAAAUAGCAAUAUCAAGAAAUGCACAGGCUUGGAAAGGAUUGCGAGAGAUUCAGCCUAUGAGCAAGAAGGGAAAGUUCAGUUUGUCAUUGAUGCAGUGUAUUCCAUGGCCUAUGCCCUGCACAACAUGCAUAAAGAUCUCUGUCCUGGAUAUAUUGGGCUGUGCCCAAGGAUGAGCACAACUGAUGGUAAAGAACUGCUUGGCUAUAUCCGGGCAGUAAAUUUUAAUGGGAGUGCUGGAACACCUGUUGUUUUCAAUGAAAAUGGAGAUGCUCCUGGACGCUAUGAUAUUUUUCAGUAUCAAAUUACCAACAAGAGUACAGAAUACAAAGUAAUUGGUCAGUGGAGUAAUCAACUUCAUCUAAACGUGGAAGAUAUGCAGUGGGCUAACAGAGAACACACUCAUCCAGCAUCUGUGUGCAGCCUGCCCUGCAAAGCUGGGGAGAGAAAGAAAACGGUGAAGGGAGUGCCCUGCUGCUGGCACUGCGAGCGCUGCGAGGGCUACCAUUACCAGGUGGAUGAAUUCAACUGUGAGCUCUGUCCCAUCAACAAGAGGCCAAAUGCCAACCGUACGGAUUGCCAGCUUAUCCCUAUAAUCAAACUGGAGUGGCACUCUCCUUGGGCCAUCGUGCCUGUCUUCAUAGCUAUUAUGGGAAUAAUUGCCACCACCUUUGUGAUCGUGACAUUUGUGCGCCACAAUGACACACCCAUCGUCAGGGCCUCUGGGCGGGAGCUCAGUUAUGUGCUCCUGACUGGGAUUUUCCUCUGUUACUCCAUUACUUUUUUAAUGAUUGCAGCUCCUGACACAGUGGUCUGCUCAUUUCGAAGGAUCUUUUUAGGACUUGGCAUGUGUUUCAGCUAUGCUGCGUUGCUUACCAAAACAAACAGGAUUCACAGAAUAUUUGAACAAGGUAAAAAAUCUGUCACAGCUCCCAAAUUUAUUAGUCCAGCUUCUCAGCUGGUGAUCACUUUCAGCCUCAUAUCCUUGCAGCUUAUUGGAGUCUUCAUCUGGUUUGCUAUCGAUCCACCACAUACCAUCGUAGACUAUGGAGAGCAGAGGACACUUGAACCAGAAAAUGCCAGAGGAGUUCUCAAAUGUGACAUUUCAGAUCUUUCUCUCAUUUGUUCCCUUGGAUAUAGUAUUCUGUUGAUGGUCACAUGCACUGUUUAUGCUAUUAAAACAAGAGGGGUUCCAGAGACCUUCAAUGAAGCUAAACCCAUUGGAUUUACUAUGUACACAACCUGCAUAAUUUGGUUAGCUUUUAUUCCAAUCUUUUUUGGUACAGCCCAAUCAGCAGAGAAGAUGUACAUCCAGACGACAACACUGACUAUCUCCAUGAGUUUAAGUGCUUCUGUGUCUCUGGGCAUGCUCUACAUGCCCAAGGUUUAUAUUAUCAUUUUCCAUCCAGAGCAGAAUGUUCAAAAACGGAAGCGGAGCUUCAAGGCUGUAGUGACAGCUGCUACAAUGCAAAGCAAACUGACACAAAAAGGAAACGACAGACCAAAUGGUGAAGUCAAGACUGAACUGUGUGAAAGUCUUGAAACCAACAGUAAGUCAUCUGUAGACUUGGUCAAGAGUGGCAGCACAUCUUAACAGAUCCUCCUCUACCAAGACAACUUAUGUCAGUUACAGCAAUCAGGCAAACUGAGCAGGGAUGAAAUUCACUGGAAGAUCUGCAGGACUGGAUCUUGCAAACAUAGACUUUACCACCACCAGAAUUCAGUCUUGAAAAUAUCAGUAGUCUACAUUCAAAUCAAUAGUCAGUCUCCUAAAGAACAAGGAUUAAACAAAAGCAAAAGGCAAAAAGAGACAGGGGAAGGAAAAGUCCAGUUUUAUAACAUAGAGACAGAGUGUCAAGCUUCUGAACUGUUCACUCACAAAAGGAAGCAAAUCACAAAUGGAAGCAAAUCACAAAAGGAAAACAAAUGUUAGCUUGUGAAAAAAAUGCUGUUGAAAUAAAUCAUGUCUGAUGUUAUAUUUGUAAGUACUUUUUUGUGAUUGUGACAAUUUCCUUUCCUGUCCUACAUUGUUCAACUCGUAAAAGAAGAUGAGUUUGUUUCUUGUGAUGGCUGACUGAAUUAAGUCCUGGGUUAUGCUAAAAUAAAUGCAAUGGUCAAUGCAUGCUAAUUUUUAUACAAAAUAAUUUAUUUAUAAUAAUAAAGGAAUGUUUUGCAAAUGUUGAGACUUGUUUUGUUGCAGUUUUAAGGAAAAAAAAAUCCUUACACUGUUGUCUAUUGUUCGUUUAGAAUGUGCAGUAAAGGUGAGUGUACAAAUAAAAUAAUACUCAUGGCAUCAGAAGAAUGCAGUGUAAACUCUGAGCAUGUGUGUAUGUGUGCAUGUAUGUGUGCACCUGUGUGUGUACAUACGUGCAUGCCUGCCUGCACGCGUGUGUGUGUGUACUCUGCAGUGUGUGAAUUUAUUUGUCCAAAGCUGUGUGACUAUAUUUUCUAAUGGAAGGAUUUUUCCCCCUUCUUACCCUCAAAGUAAGUUCAUUUUAUAUGUUUGUAAAGUAAAGGAGUCCUGAUAGUAAUUAUUUUGUAUGAUUGUAUUAUAUUUUUGAGUCUCCACUAGUAAUUUUGAUCCUUUUCAUUUCUGGAACUUACAGUUUGUAAGACUUUAUGACAGCUAGACUGGAUUAAGCUGAAAGUCUAUUCAGCCUAGUAUCCUGUCUCUGACAGGAGAAUGUAGCAGAUGCAUAUCUCAAUAAAGGUGACUUUGAAAUAACAGAAGAGAAAUCAAUGGAGAAUUUGGAAAGCAGUAGCCUAGUGAAUAUAUGUACUAUUGCCUUAUAAACACUUAAAAAUCAAAGAAAUAAAUGCCAAUCUACAAUCUAAUCUUCUUCACAUCUUCUAAUUCCCAUCAUUGUGUGAGGUUAGAAGCAACUAUGCAAAGAGAAAGAGAAAGAGAAAGUCACAUUUAUAUCUAUCAUGUUAAUGAACCCCUCCAAAUGAUUUAAAAAAUACAGAUAGCAACUGUCCCCUUUGUUACUACACCUGUGAUGGAUGUUCUGUAAGACUUUUUCACUCCAUACAGUACUUACCAUUCAUCAACUCAAUGAUGCAGCUGAUUAAUAAGUGUUAUGUCUCCUGACUGAGCCUGCAUGGCUCCUUGUGAUUUUAUCCCCACAGCAGAUGUAUUUUUAUAACAGAUCUUAAGGGAGCUGUGGUGGGUCCUAAAUUACAUGAAUGAAAGUUGAAGUAUCUGAAACCGAAUCUCUUUCUAUUACAAUGCCAGUAUUUAAAUUCCAGUGUAGCUGGCAGCUGUAUGACAAUGAGUGGCCGUUUCCAAAGUAUUUGAUAAACCAUACUUGGAGUCUCCCACAAAUUGUAUGUCUGAAGAAUUAUCUGAUGAUUGCUUUGGUAUAUAGGGCAUUGUGGGCUUGGUACGAGUGAUAUUUUGUGUGAAAUUUCCUCUAUUGACUAUGCCACAAGCACGUCAAAGCCAAAAUUAUAAACUAACAUAUGCUUACUUUAAAGUACAUAGGUGAUGCAGUGAAACCUGCAAAAAAUAAUGAAACAGUUUUAGUUCUAUUUUGUUAGCCAAUAUCUCAUAAAAUUGAAGUUUUCUUGUGGAAAUAGAUUGAUUAGAUCAAUUUUUGACAAGACAGAUUUUCCUGCCUAAGAUGGAUUUCCUAAAAGAGAAAGAAAAUCUGUUUUAUCUGAAAAGCAAUAUUUUGACAGAGUUUCUUUCCAAGAAGCCUUUGAAAAGUUUAAUUUUCAAUAUACAAUGAAAAAAGUUUCAGAUACUUUGAAAUAUCUAUACCUAUUAACUUAAGCAUAACCCUAUGCUUUUGAAAAAGCAGUACAUGGGAAUUGCAUUUAAAAUGCAUUUUCUAUGCACAUAAACAUAUGUUACAUAUACAUAAAGAUUAAUAUAUGAUAUAUAAAUAUCUUCCAGCUUCACGCUAGUCUGAAGAAAAUGUUAUUGUGAACAGAUUUUCCAGGAUCAAUAUACAUUUUCUUUUGGUUGAAUAGUAGGUUAAAAAUGGAAUGUAAAUUAGUAUGUGCAUUUCUGUGUAUUCUCUCUGAAACAUGGAAUAUAUUAGGGCUGUAAGUCCCACUGGCAUUAAUGUAACUAAUCAGAUAAAUUAACACUCAUUAUGAAUUACAGAACAGCACUGGUCUACAGGUGUCCCUUCAAGGUGGUUAUGUGCAGUUCAUGAAAAUGCACAGAAUAUUCCACUCAGAUUUCACAGCCAUUCAGUAGCUGAGACAUUGAAGUUUAAUAACUAAGCUUUUGCAUGGAUACAGUAAUUUUUUCCAUCUAAAAUUACAAAAUGUUUUUAUUCUACAAAGUUAGGGUUUAGUUCUGCUCACAGAGAAGCGGGCUAUUCAAUUGCUAUUACUGAUAAUUUGUGUGUGAUUAUACUGAAGCAACUCCAUCAGGGCACACAACUUAUUUUUACUGACAGCAGAAACAAGUCCUUAAUGUUGUUUUGUGACUGCAAGAUAGAUCCAAUGAGAUCUGAAUGACUCUAUGUAUCAGGUCAAUGAACCAGGAAUCAAACAGAGCAGACAACACUUUACUGUUCUGUAGAAAGAGUAAUGAGCCACGGCGUCUAAAAUCUCCUUUUCCAGAAAUGCCCAAAUAACAAUUUCCACAAAAUGGUUUUUAACUAAUAACAUCACCUCUCUUCCAAUUAAUAGAUAAUUUUUAUUACUAAACAAGAAAACAAAUAAAGUAAAGCAUUACUAGGAGACACAGUUUGUAAAUCUAUUUUAUUGGAAGACAACUUAUUCAUUUAUGCAUCUACUUCAAGGCAGAAUGUGAAGGCAGAAAACAUAAGAUGUUGUAGGAAGCAGUAGGCUUUGUUUUGAAAACAUGCAUAAAUGAUCUGGUAUAUUUCACCUUCCCAUCAGCCAUUAAAUAAAAUGAUAGCUUAUUAGGCUUUCAAUUAACUUAUGUGCCAUGUGGCAUAAUUAGGAAAUUACAUAUUCUUGUUGAAUUUUGAAGAGCAAAAUUCAAUGUUGGAAGAGGGAAACAUUACUUUUCCCAGUUUUGAUAGCAUCUAAUCUAAUGGCACCUUUAGCAUUUGUGAUACUGCAAUUAUUUGCAUCCAGAAACAGCAUUUUACAUGUGUGUUUCAUUUGCUGUGGAUUAUUACCUCUCGCAGCCUAAAUGUGAAAAGGUCUUUUUCUCAGCAAGAAGUCAUUUCUUUCAGACUUUCUCCUGAAAUUUCAGUAGCUAAUAGGAGAGUAAGGUCUGUAUAUCACUAAUACUUAUUCUGCUUCCUGGGCAAGUAAAUUAUUUUUAUUAAUGAGUUAUAGCAAAUACAAGAAGGAACAGAUCUUAUCUGUGGACUGCAUCCUAUACUUCUGAAUAUAUGUAAAUUGUAUUGCCUCCUACUUAGCUUAAAAUUUAGUGUCUUUCUUAGCUUAAAUUUACUAGUAAGAUCAUGAGAACUGAAAAAUAUUUGGGAAAUAUUCUGUUGCAUCUGUGUGAUGAAAAUAAGCUGGCUGACAUGAAAGACAAAUUAAUCUGGAAACAUUUUGGUUUUAAUAACCUAAUGAGUAUAUUAAAAGUUUUAUCAGGAAAUGAACUACAAAUUAGGAGUGUGCUUAGCUUGUUUCAGCAGAAUCUUAUGAAUAUUUUCAGGUUGUCUUAAAUGGUUACUGUAGAAAUAUUUGCACAUUUCAUAUAUUUUGAUAACUGUAAAUUCCUCAGUCACAUUUAAACACUAAAAUAAUGGAGAGCAAUACUUUUUCUCAUUUGACAUUAUAGUGUGACAGCAGAUCAUAACUGCCAGGAACUUAAUAUUGUAAGUGGUACAGCAGCAGGGAAGAGCAAACAGCAUUGUCCCAAAUGCUGGAACAAUGCUGGAAGCGCAGUAAGAUGCACAGUAUCCUUAAUGAAAAGCCAAGCUCCUGUUUGUAUUAAACAAAUACCUUUUCUCCUGGUAGAAGUGAAGUAAUAUGACAUGCAGAGGAUUAUGGAAAUGAAAGAAAAAAAGAGCAGUGACAGAGUCACAGUGUCCCUUCCAUAAGCAGCAUAAAAUACUGAAAAGUGUUGAAGGAGUGUACCAGUCCAGACACUGGCCUCUGUAAAGAGCACACUACAUCCCCAGAGUGGGUGUUCAUCUGACAUCCACAGAACUGCAGUGAGAAAACAUGACAAAAUAAUCAAUGGAAGCCAUCAGAGUUAACGUUGGAUGAGGGAGCAAAUAACAAAAUAGACUCAUUUUUCUUUAAAAUUCAAGCAAGUAUUAUGAUGGUGCCCAAGGAAUAGGCACAACUUCUGCAAAGACCUGCAGAUACAAGUAUGUUAACAUUUUUUCACAAGGUGUAAGCUGUGAUCAAAGGCUGCAACAUCACAAAUAAGACAGCACCUCUCUUUCCAUCAGUGAAUUAGCUCAUUUUCCUUUGUCAAUGAAUAAUGCAGUGCCAGGACUUCAGAAAAACUCUGGAGAUUUCUUGGUCCAUCAUAUCUUAGUCUGAGAAAGAAACAGAUGACAUUUUCCAAAAUAAAGGGAAAAUUUCUCUGUAAAACUGAAUUUUUUCACUAACUUUAAAUUUCCAGGUCACCAAUAUAUUGAACGACACUGCAAGUGCACUAACUUCAUCCUCAUCUCAGAGAAAGGAAAAUAUAAAUUGCAUGGCUGGUAUCACAUCCUGCUUCAUGCACAGGUGUCUUUGAUGUUCUUUGAAUAAGUGACAAGCCAAAGUUAAACAUUAUUCUGAAAAAAAUCUCUGCAAGAUUGAUGUUAUUAAAAAGUGCUAUAUACAGUGCUGGUUUGAAAGCCUUUUUUUGCUUCCUGUUUACCUGAUACAUCAUUUGCUCUGUUUCUGGAAGCCUACUGUAUUCCCCAAGUUGGCUGCAGUGUUUUUACUGUCUUUGUGAUCAUUAUCACAUCAAUAUCAAAUAAGUAUGACCUUUAAUAAAAUAAACUAUAUUUAUUUAACUUA